UCCAGUCUGACUGCAACACGUACAGACACACUUCACUGAGACCCCAACACUCGUUCACCUGCUGGCUGUUUCUUUUUUAUCUGUGUAUGGUGUAUGGCGAAGAGGAGCAUCCCCUCACCGCCAUGACAGACUGAUGUGACUUAGAGAAUGGCUUUGCUGCUUGGUACUGGAGCUGUUAUCUGUGUCCUACUGACCAUCCAUCUUGGUGAUUAGUGAAGUGGCAAUUGGAGAAGACCAUGUGUCAGUCGGAGGUGCCAGGGGCCAGACUGGGCCUGAACAGUCCUGACCCGCUGGUGAGAGAGGCUUUUCUGAUGGCCCAUGACUACAUAGACUAUGUAACCACAGGGGGGGCAGAUGGCGCCAUGGGUCCAGCUCCUACAGCCUGCACCACGGCCCUGCGCUACGCCGGAGACGAGCUCCUCACCCGCUUCCCCAUCUUCUUCCGGCGCUGGCCUCGGGUCUUCAAGGACGUGACAGAGAACACGGCCUGCCCCACGCUCAUGAGCAUCCUGGACGAGCACUUCUUCCCACCAGUCCCUGGGGGGCGGCGCAGGGACCUGGCCUGGAGCGCCGUGCUAUCGGUGUAUGUGCUGGCUGGCCAGAUGGCUCUGCAUUGCCAUGAGAGGGACAUGCUGGAGGUCCUGCCACAGCUGAAGGAGUGUGUGGGGUCCUAUGUGGAGAGGGUCAUCUGCCCUGAGAUACGAGACAAGGGAGGAUGGAUUGGUUUUGUAUCACGCUUUGGAGAGAAGCAGGGCUUGGAGGGCCAGGUGAAGAAAGGGUGCUGUUGGACACUGCUGGCAUUGGCCAUAGGCAUCAUCAUCUACUUCUUGUGGAAAAGAAUAGCUUAACCAACACUGCCACCUAGUGUCCACAACCAAAAACUCUCCAAGAGUGAACUAUAUGAAAAUGUCGGGAAGAGGAAUUUUAAGUACAUCUUUUAAUUCUGCAGAAACUUCUAUCAGUAACUGAUACACAUUAGUAUAAUUUUCAUCACUUCUGGCAUACCUAGUAAUAAUGUGUACAAAGUUUGGAUGAAAGGAGCAUUAAGCCAUUCUGAAUCCUGUCAAAAACUGUAAGCUAACCAUGUUUGUUGAGCAGUAUAUGAAAUUAUAGGAUCUGGUAUUAAUUAAUCUGCUCUUUGCUUUACUGUCAGCUGUGCACAUCCAGUCAGAAGUCAGAAUUUUAGAGCAAUCUGGAACAUACUGCAUUUCUGAUUUUACUUUUAUUAAAGCCAAUUGAGACACUUUAA